AUGGUCUCAUCCUCUGCUCUUUUCAGCCCUAUCCAACUUGGUGCUUCCAAGCUUCAACAUCGUGUGGUCUUAGCACCCUUGACUCGUUUUCGCAGCGAUGACAACCACGUUCCUACCGAAUUGAACAAGGAAUACUAUACCCAACGUGCUACCCCUGGUGGUUUAUUGAUCACUGAAGCUACGUUUAUCUCACCUACCAGUGGCCUUUAUCCACACGCUCCUGGUAUCUACACUCAAGAACAAAUUAAUGCAUGGAAGUCUAUUACCGAUGCUGUGCAUGCCAAGCAAGGAGUUAUCUAUUUGCAGCUUUGGCACGUGGGCAGGGCAUCAAGUAAGAUUUUCAUGAACGGCCAUACACCUGAUUCAGCUUCUGCCAUCCCUAUCAGUGGAACAAGUCUUUUCACCGGCAAGGAAUGGGAGGUUCCUCAUGCAUUGACCGUUGAAGAGAUCAAGGGUAUUGUUGGUGACUAUGCACAAGCUGCCAAGAAUGCUAUUGAAGCCGGUUUUGAUGGUGUUGAGAUCCACAGUGCCAAUGGAUACCUUUUGGAUCAAUUUAUCAACACCUCGAGCAACAAGCGUACGGAUGAAUAUGGUGGCCCUAUCGAAAACCGCACUCGUUUCACUUUGGAGGUGGUUGAUGCUGUCACCAAUGCCAUUGGUGCUGAGCGUGUGGGUAUUCGCUUCUCUCCUUGGUCCGAAUUUCAGGAUAUGGUUGAUGAGAUUCCUUAUGAUACUUGGGGAUACCUUGUCAGUCAACUCCAAGAGAAGCACUCUGACAUGGCUUACAUCCAUAUGAUUGAACCACGUGAUGAUUUCUCUCGCAAGACCAAGAACGAUACCGCCAACACACUUGAUCCUUUCCGUAAGGUCUGGAAGGGUGCUUUCAUCUCUGCUGGUGGCUACACUACCAAUCCUGCUCUCGCUCAAAAAGUUGCCGAGGAAACUGGUAACUUGGUAGCUAUCGGAAGAGCAUUUAUCGCCAACCCUGAUAUUGUUGAGAGAUUGAGAAAUGGAUGGCCCUUGACCAAGUACAACCGUGACACCUUUUAUUCCCCUGGAGCUGUUGGCUACACCGAUUAUCCCUUCUACAGUGCAUAA